AUCAUCAAGGUUGGGGCAGGGGGAGCUGUUGACAUUUGUAAUGUAGGAAGGGCGAUCGGUUCAGUGGCGCUCCAGAAGCAAUAAACAUUAAACGCCGUUAACAGGUGAACUAGUAUGGGGAAUACGUCCAGUGACCGGGUCUUGGGAGAUCGCCAUGGGGCAAAAUCCCACCGUCCAGAUGGGGUUACCAGUAGCCAGAAAGAGCAGGAACCAAGCAAAAUCAUGGUGGACAGCACCGACGACCCCAACAUCUUCAACACUCACACUCUGGAGUCAAAGCCUUCUGGAGAAAAGGAGUUUAUGCACUUCACGCCUGACCUCGAAGAGCACAUGAAGCUGGGAUCACAAGCACGACCCACUGUGAUCCGCUGGGCAGGGGGUGGAAAGGAAGUGUACAUCGCUGGCUCCUUUAAUAACUGGAGCACCAAGAUCCCGCUCAACAAAAGCCAUAAUGACUUUGUAGCAAUCCUUGAUCUGCCAGAAGGGGAGCACCAGUACAAGUUCUAUGUAGAUGGGCAGUGGGUCCAUGAUCCCUCUGAGCCGGUGGUCACUAGUCAGAUGGGAACCAUUAACAAUUUGAUCCAGGUGAAGAAAUCUGAUUUUGAGGUAUUUGAUGCCCUGAAGGUAGAUUCACUAGAGUCUUCAGAUACAUCAGAUCUCUCCAGCUCUCCUCCAGGCCCUUAUGGCCAGGAGUUGUACGCAUUUCGUCCUGAAGAGCGCUUCAAGGCUCCUCCCAUUCUGCCUCCGCAUCUCCUCCAGGUCAUCCUCAACAAGGACACCAACAUCUCCUGUGAUCCUGCCUUGCUGCCUGAACCAAACCAUGUGAUGCUCAAUCACUUGUAUGCACUUUCAAUAAAGGACGGAGUGAUGGUGCUUAGUGCUACACAUAGGUACAAGAAGAAGUAUGUAACAUCUUUACUCUACAAGCCCAUCUGAAGGGUCUUAAUGAGUUUAGCAUGUUCCUGUUUUUCACUAUCACUCAUUUGCUGAGAUUGCACUGAAACAGUUUACAAAACGGACCGGAGGCCUGCCAAAGCCCAUUUUCCAAGAGAUUCUAUUGUCUCUUAAUUCCGUAUGACCCGUGAAAAUAUAAUAUGACCCGUUAAAACAAAUAUAUAGCCAUUGAUGGUGUGCACAUAAUUACAUUUUCCGUAAAUGUACUCCACUCCAUAAUGGCUUUUGGUCCACAAAACCUUAAUCUAUUGAAAAUGUUAAAAAUCCACACCUCAACUUGAAUUUGGUACAUUUAUUCUGUCUUUUGAUUUCCAGAAAAAAAACAACUAAGUUUUGCAUGGUUUUUCUUUUUGUAAUUAAGCUCUUUCAAGUAUCAUUAGCUCAAAUGACCAUGGCAGAGAUGAGCUAUUGCCUUUGUGACAAUGCUGCAGCACUUUACCUGUGCAUUUAUUGAUGCUGUGAGUAGGAAUAUUAAUAAGCUUUUAACUAUGCAGAAGACAAAUCCUGUACUGUAUUGUAGGCUAUUUGAAUAUUGCUUGGUCUCAGUUAGAUUUAGUUGCAGUGAUAGUGAUUUUUCUUGUUUUAUAUAUUUACAAAUACGAAUGUAUUUAUGUAUUACAUAUUUAUGUAUAACACCAUGCUGUUUUUAUUUGAAAAUCUAAAAUGCAGCUCUGAUUAGGAAAACCUCAGGAUUAUGUUUUGCAUGGUUAAAAAAUAAAUUCAGAGAUUGCCAUUUCACAGAUUAUAUCUGUCCCGGUAUGCUAGCAUUCGAGACUGAAAACAUAUAACCACAUAUUUUUGGUUGUAAUAAAAUAGUUAUUCUCUUCAGAGUGAUUUUCUGGAUAGUAUUACAUUAAUAUUGUUUAUCAUGAAUUAUUAAUGGUGUUUAUUGUUAAACUGCACUAGAUGUCAGCUGAGAUAUUUCAGUGUCAUUUUUUUGCAUUAUGUUUGUGACUACCAGGUAAACACUGUGAUAUAAUGUUGGAAGAUAAUUGUCUAUAAAAUCUGAUGUAAUGGAUAUUAAAUCAAAAAUGUCUGCAAAUAGAAGUUGGGCACAGCUGGAGAAGAUAUGUGUGGUACCUGGUUUUACUGUAAGCAGAAACAAAAUUCACUUUGCAUUGUAUUGUCCUCAUUUCAAGUAAUGUAACUGCUAAACUGUUGCAUCUAUUUGCAAAUAAAAAGGGAUGUUUCACUAAUGAUUCAGCAACAAA